GUGUUAAGACGAGAAAUUGACAGAACCAUUUCACUUCUGCAUAAAAACUAAUUUUUAGUUUUUAAAAACAGCACAUUAUUGCGAGAAAGUAUCGAAAAUUUAGUUUUCCAUCAAAAUUAAUCAUUUUUUAAUCGAAUUAAGCUACUAAUAUAAAUUUGAGAGAUGAGUUCAAGACAUAUACCUAAUCCUUAUGAAGAUUAUAAAAAAGGAAAAGAAACUUUUAUCAAUAGCGAUGCAAGUGAUAUAUCGGAUGAGUUUAGAAAAAAAUUAAGUACUGGAACAGAACAGCUGAUGCAACUAUUAAAACAUAAUGAACAUAAUUGGUACAGCUACGAUGAUGAUUCUUUAUACACAGGAUUGCCUGGAAUAGCAUAUACUUUAUAUCAUUAUGGAAAAACUUUCAAAGAUGAAUCUUACGUUACUAAAGCAGAAACCUUCGUCAAUAAUAUUGUUCCAAAUUUAAGAGGCAAGCGUCAUGUAACUUUUUUAACUGGUAAUGCAGGUCCUCUGUGUCUUGAUGCUGUUAUGAAUCAUCUUGGUAAUAAUGAAAAGAAAGCAAAAGACUCAAUUGAAAAGUUGAAAUCUUUAUCAUCAUAUGUAGUUGAUGAAGGUAGUGGAGUUCCAGAUGAAUUAUUGUAUGGUAGAGUAGGAUAUUUAUAUUCACUUCUUUUUGUAAACAAACAUAUAUCACCUGCACCAAUCGAGGAAAAUUUAAUUAAACAAGUAAUAAGUUGCAUAUUAAAUUCUGGUAAAAAAUAUGCAAGUGCUCGAGGUUUUAAAUCUUCUCUGAUGUAUGCAUGGCAUGAUUCUGAAUACCUUGGGGGUGCUCAUGGUUUAGCUGGAAUAAUUUAUAUACUGCUUCAAGCUAAAGAUUAUUUAACGGAGAAUCAGUUGAAUAAUGAAAUAGAACCAGCUCUGCAAUGGCUAGAAAGUCUAAAAUAUCCAUCGGGAAAUUUUCCGUCGUCAGUUGGAAGUACCACUGAUAAGCUGGUUCAUUGGUGUCACGGAGCACCUUCAAUGACGAUGUUAUUUUGUUUGUCUUAUGAGAUUUUCAAAAAAGAUCAAUAUUUACAAACUGCAUUGCAAUGUGGAGAAGUUGUAUGGAAUAGAGGUCUUUUAAAAAAAGGUUGCGGAAUAUGUCACGGAGUUGCCGGCAAUGCUUAUACUUUCAUUUCUCUUUUCCAACUAACAAAGGAUCCAAAGUAUUUAUACCGAUCCUGUCAAUUUGCAAACUGGUGUAUGAAUUAUAAUGAAAAUCAAAAAAAACCAGCAGAUAGACCUUUCUCAUUAUUUGAAGGUCUCGCCGGAACGAUAUAUUUUUUAGUGGACAUGCAAAAGAUACAAGAAGCUAAGUUUCCUGGGUAUACAUUAUAAAGAUUGAAAAAAACAAAUUAUUCAAAUUUAAUGUAGUUUGUAUCAAUUAUAUUUUAUAAUAUUUUAUACUCGUAAUAAAAUUGUACUAUUUCUGUCAUAAUAAAAUUUUUGUAUCUACCAAUUUGUUGCACUUAAUAAAAGG